GCGCGAGAGGCGCAGAACAAGGAGCGCGUGGCGCAGCGCACUGAGCUGACCCGGAGACUGACGUUCGCCUGUGAAAUCUGCGCAGCGCGCGCGCCGGAGAACAUGACGCGCGACGACCAGUGAUGGACGCCGUCCUGAAGAGCGCGAGGAAGUAGGUCAUCCGCGCGCGUGAGCGCGCGCGCACCGAGCACCGAGCAAAACGGGGAAUAAACACCGGAGAACCCAUGCGCCGCGCACACAAAGAGAACACAAAGUCUUCUUUUUCUUCCCCGUGCCGUUACGCACAAGCGCGAGGACACCCUCCUGUGUUCUUUCCGAGACAAACAUUUUAAGAUAUUUAGACGAAGUGUUUUUUUUAAUUCCAAAAGCAGGAACACGGGUUCUCCACCGGUUCUCCGGUUGGUUCAGGAGGCGCGUGAGUUCGUCGGAUCCUAAACGGUGACCCGGCGGCGCGUGGAUGCAGGAGCAUGGAGCAGAGAGAGAGGGCGCCUGCAGCAGUGCCCAGGUGGGUGUGCCCAUGGUGGCACGGAGCACUAAUGUGGGCAUGGCCCCGGUGGAGGACAUGCAGGCGCUGUCAAUCACCGCUCUCUCAGCCUCGGAGGUGGAGCAACAAUAUGAGCUGAUCGGUCCCUUGGGGAAGGGCACGUAUGGCCGAGUAGAUCUGGUGGCUCACCGCACGCAGGGGACCAAACUGGCCCUGAAGUACGUCAGCAAGAACAAGACCAAGCUGCGGAGUUUCCUCCGUGAAUACAGUUUGACCGCAGCUUUGGGCUGCAGUCCCUUCAUCAUCAAAGCUCUGGAUGUUCUGUUUGAGACGGAAGAGAGCUACGUAUUUGGCCAGGAGUAUGCGCCUGCAGGAGACCUCUUCGACAUCAUACCUCCGCAGGCUGGUUUGCCUGAGGACAUGGUCAAGCGGUGUGUGCAGCAGCUCGGCUUGGCUCUGGACUUCAUGCACAGUAAAAGUCUGGUCCAUCGAGACGUCAAGCCAGAAAACGUGCUCCUGUUUGACCGCGAGUGCCGGCAUGUAAAGCUGGCCGACUUCGGAAUGACACGGAGGGCAGGCAGCCGCGUCAAACGAGUCAGCGGCACCAUCCCCUACACGGCAGCCGAGGUGUGCCAGGUCACAGGCUCGGAGGGCAUCGUCGUGGCGACGCCGCAGGACGUAUGGGCGUUCGGCGUGCUCCUCUUCUGCAUGCUGACCGGAAACUUCCCCUGGGAAGCAGCGCUGCCCAGUGACAACUUUUAUGCCGAGUUCCAGCGCUGGCAGCAUGGCGCGUGUCCACCGGGCACCGUGCCCUCACAAUGGCGCCGCUUCUCCGACGACGCUCUGCGCAUGUUCAGCCGACUCCUAGCGCCCGAGCCGGAGCGCCGUUGUGGCGUGAAAGAGGUUUUUUACUUCCUAAAAUACGAUCUACUCACCCAUCAUCGCAGAAGAGCUUCCUGUAGAGCCUCUCGAUCCACACGAGGCUCCGCCCACAAACACGGUGAACACGCCUCACAAGUGCCGGGCACUUCCUGUCUUCGACCCACGCCUCUUAAACGUAGCAUCCUGUCAGAGCCGCACUCGUCGAGGGAGGAGCUUUCAAAAAGCCCCUCCCCGAAUCGACAGGACAAGAGUAAGAUGGUAAUGGCCACGCCCAUCGAAAUCUGCGUAUGAAAGCACAAACGUAUUUCCGUAUUCUUGAGAUAUAUUAAUAGGAAUUAGACCAGCCCUGUUUUAUAUUUUAGAAUAAAGCCGUUAUAGAAAUUCAGGAGAGCAGCUGAAGAUACUUUAGGGUCCAUUAGAAUCCACUAUCAAGGCAUCUUCCUAGGUAAACAAUUAACGACAAUGAUGGUAGAAUGUUAAAUAAUUGACAGUUGGCCACACCAAAGCUAUUAAUUUAUUUUUUCCAGUUGAAGUGUUUUAUUCCUCUUACAACACAGCAAAUUGCCGACUAUGCCAUUAUACCUGUUUUUUAUCCAUUUAUAGUUACAUUAAAGUCGUCGCGCUUCCACAAGAUAGGUUAGUUUCUGUUAUCACUUAUAGCAGCUAUAAACAAAUUCCCAACAUUUACGAAGCGCUAAAACCGACUCCUUCUGUAAAUUUUCCAUAGACAUCUUCUUAUAUCGAAUGUAAUAAUUACUCAGCUCUUGAUAAGUGGAUCUUUUGGAACGAACGAAUGAAGAAUCAGCGGAAUUUACGAAUCUUUCACAGCGUCCUAUGCUUCCUCUUUAUUCCGAAGCUCUUUGUUAAGAGAUACCACUUUGAGAUCAGGUAGCUUUCUUAAAGCCAGUAGACCAGUCUCUCCAUUUCAGACUACUUUCUUCUUCCGUUAAUCUCCAUCCCUCUGAGCUUUUUUCCCCGAGGCGGCCCUCCCACUCUUAGUCAUGUGACUCAACAAACCAGCCUAUCAGGGGGCUGAUAACCUCGGAGAUUUUUGCAUUUUACGAUAUGCAUUUCUAUGAAGAGACCGCAAAUAUAUACGUGGACGUUGUAGGUACACAGGAAAUGACAUCACUCUUCAGUAGAACACACGUGGGGGGAAAACAUCAAUAGACGACAGGGAUUCUUUAUUAUCUAUGUAAGUGUGUGAAUGUGUGUGGUUGUGUUGAAUAGUUCUGUAUAAGCACAAGUUUUUUAUAGCCUGUUUAAGAUACUUUAAGGACUGUUGUUGAGAGGUGGAACAAACGGUUAUGUGUUCAGGUAGUGCCAUUAUGUAGCUUUUCUUUUUUGUUUUUGUAAGAAACCAUUUUACUAGCGAAAUAUCCUGCACUGAAACAAAUGGUAGUAGCCUGAAAAUUAGUACCUGUUUGUAUAAAAAUGCCUGGAGGAUUAAUACAUUUAGUAUUUUUAAUAUUUGGGUCAAAUAAAAUAGGUUUCUUUCCAACUUUUGAAGUAAAAACAAGAAAGUAGGGCACGCUAGUUAGUGUAGCAGGGGGAUAACAGAUGCAAGUGAAUAGUAGCGUUCGAGUUCAGCAGGUGGAGGGUGAUGAAAAAAGUAUGAAAGAAAAAAACAUGGAUAUGGGGGGUGGGGGGUGGGGGGGUUGUUGUUUGAUGCUGCAAAAUAAGCAAAACGACAACAGUAUUAAACUAUGUAGCAGACAUAGGUACGAAGGAUAUAUGUGUUCUAGAAGAAUUGGAUUUUGCUAAUCAUGUCGAAAAAAAUGAAUGAACCGCAGAUGCUUUUGUAGCAGGUUUCCUUCAAGCGUUGUUUAACACAAAGCUCCACUGACAUGGAAGCAAUAUCAAGGAAUAUAGUUCAUACUUAGGAUAUGUUAACAGAGGCACUCGUUGGAAAACAGCCAAGAAACGCAUGAGAUGAUUAGCAUGAUUUCCAGAGGAAAGGAGAAAAAUAAUGCUAAGAAUUGAAGGCUGAACAUGGAACAGGUGCACACAUUAGGAAAACAAGCCGAUGAUAAGAGAUGGGCAUGGACUGGAACAAAACAAAAAAAAUUACAAGAUUUUUUUAGGGUAAAGUAAAGGUUUAAAGACGUUUGAAACACAGGGAAUGUGCAGGUUUUUAGAUAAACAACUUCAAUAAAACCAAGAACAAAAAAAACCAAACAGUGUUUCUGUUUUCCGUUUCUGAUAGGUUCCUGUCUUAUCCUACUAUACUUGCACUUUACAUUCAAAUAUACAUCGACCAGGCUUA